CAGCAUAGGGACGGACGACUAACUCUAGAAGAAGGGUACCUUUGUGAAAUUGGCAUGCACACUGCUUGCUGAAUUUCUUACAGUCCAGCGGCCAUGGAGCAUCUUCCCAUGUCCUUCCUAGCAGCCUUCUUCCUCCUCUGCCUUAGCCUCAACCUUCGGGGCUUCUGUGUCGCCGGCGGCAACGAGUCCUUUGUCUUCUCGGGGUUCGGCGGCGCCAAGAACCUCAUCCUCGACGGCACGGCCGCGGUCACCAGCGAAGGGAUCCUCGAACUGACGAACAACGAGCCUGGCGUCAAAGGCCACGCGUUCUACCGGACCCCGCUUCAGUUCAAGGACUCCCCCAAUGGCACGGCGCAGUCCUUCUCCCUCGCCUUCGUCGUCGCCAUCCUCUCGGCCACCUCAUAUAUGAGCACCGAUGGUAUGGCCUUCGUCAUCGCCCCGGGGAAGAACUUCUCGAACGCGUCGCCGGCCCAGUACUUGGGCUUGCUCGACAGCCACAGCACCGGCCCGGCGAACGCGAGCAGAAACCACUUCCUCGCCGUGGAGCUCGACACCAUCAAGAACGACGAGUUCCAAGACAUGGACGACAACCAUGUCGGCGUCGACGUCAACGCGCUCUCCUCCGUGGAAUCCAGCUCUGCUGCCUUCUACGACGACAAGGACGGUACGCUCAAGAACUUGAGUCUCAUCAGCACUGACGGCAAGCUCAUGCAAGUGUGGGUGGACUACGAUGGGGAGGCCAAGCAAAUCAAUGUCACUCUGGCUCCCAUGGGAGUGGCCAAACCAUCCAAGCCCCUGCUCUCGAACACCACUGACCUCUCAGCUGUGAUCACCGAGCAUGCAUAUGCUGGCUUCUCUGCCGCGACCGGACCGAUCAAGUCACGGCACUGCGUGCUUGCCUGGAGCUUCGCCAUGAACGGACCUGCUCCAGCCAUUGACUUCAAGAAGAUGCCAAGGCUGCCAAACCCUGGCCCCAGGACUCUGAUGAAGGUCUUGAAGAUUGCACUGCCUGCAGCAGCUUUGGUAAUCAUGGCGGCAUGCAUUGCAGUCUUUGUGAUCGUGCAGAGGAAGCUGGCAUACGCUGAGUUGAGAGAAGAUUGGGAGGUCGAGUUUGGGCCGCACCGGUUCUCAUACAAGGAACUGUUCAAAGCGACCGAAGGAUUCAAGAGCAAGCACCUACUCGGCGCAGGCGGGUUCGGCAAGGUGUACAAAGGAGUGCUUCCAAAGUCCAAAUCGGAGGUCGCCGUGAAGAGGGUGUCCCAUGACUCGAGCCAGGGGAUAAAGGAGUUUGUCUCUGAAGUUGUCAGCAUCGGUCACCUUCGCCAUCGCAACCUCGUGCAGUUACUCGGUUACUGUCGAAGGAAGGGUGAGCUCCUUUUGGUGUAUGAUUACAUGCCCAAUGGCAGCCUUGACAAGUAUCUCUAUGGCGAGGAGAACAAGCCCUUACUGGAGUGGUCUCAGAGGUUUCAGAUCAUCAAGGAUGUGGCUUCAGGGCUGUUCUACCUCCAUGAAAAGUGGGAGCAGGUCGUCAUCCACCGAGACAUCAAGGCAAGCAACGUGCUCCUCGACGGCGGCAUGAUCGCACAUCUAGGCGACUUCGGCCUUGCAAGGCUGUACGACCAUGGCACCGACCUGCAAACCACACAUGUGGUUGGCACCAUGGGUUACAUUGCCCCGGAGCUUUCGCGCACGGGCAAGGCAUCCCCUCUCACCGAUGUCUUCGCCUUCGGCACGUUCCUCCUCGAGGUCACCUGCGGCCGGCGCCCGGUCAGCAACAGCGUGCAGCACGGCCGGGCGAUGCUGGUUGACCGGGUGCUCGAGUACUGGCACAGAGGAGCUCUCGAGGAGACCGUGGACUCGAGGCUGCAGGGGAACUACAAUGUUGACGAGGCAGGGAUGGUGCUGACGCUUGGGUUGAUGUGCUCGCACCCGUUCCCGAGUGAGAGGCCUACCAUGAGGCAGGUCAUGCAGUACCUCGACGGCGACGCGCCGCUGCCGGAGCUGACGCCGGCGAACAUGAGCUUGCUGAGCCUCAUGCAGAACCAAGUGUCCUUCGACCAGUCCAUCCUGCAGUAUCCGUGGUCGGCGACCAGCAUGGGUACGAUGACACCAGGCAUCUCGGUUGGAAGAUGACAGCUAGUAUAUUGGUUGUAUCUGAAGCGUGCGAGUACGGCCUCUUUUGUUCCUGUUUUUCCUUGGUUGUUGUUGUGUCACAACUUACAUGUAGUGUAUUUGGUCACUCCUGUAAAUCCACACGAUAGUUCACCGUGUAAAAACAUGGAAAAUAUUGUGAUCAUA